CAAACAACUCCGUCGUUUGUGGAUGAAUUUGAGGCAACGUCAGCGAGAGAUAACACGAGAUCGUCAACAACAACAACAACCAUUGGCCAAUGGGCGAGAGCCCUCAUAUGAUCCCCUUUCUGAUUCUGAUAUUUCUAUGAACAACUUUGAAACAAUUCAAGAUACACAAGAAUGCAGGGUUAGUGAACAGCAAGCCAAUGAGAAUCAUGAAAUAGAGAUGCAAAUCCUCAAGGAUCAGCUUCGAGAAGCUAAGCCUAUAGCAGACCCAGCCGUACUUAUCUUGAGGCACAAACAAGAUUUACAAGAUACAAAUGGAUGGCAGAGUAAUUAAUUUAAAUAUUCAUAAUAUAAAGUCUUAAUUUUACCAAACAAUGUAAUGUAAUACUGACGCGGACGCGGACGCAUUCAAUAUAAUAUUAUAACUUAAACAAUGUUGCUGAAAACUAUGAAUAAAUGUUGCUUUGUAAAAAAAAAAUGCUUUUAAGGCGAGUACAUUAAUACAUGCCUUAUCAACUCUGAAAAAUGGAAAAAAAAUCCUCGACUACACGGUGGCUUCUGCUGUACAUAUGACUGAUGACUGUAUUGUUAAUUGUAGAAUUACGAUUUUAUUAUUUUUUACCUCUGUUUCUGUAAUUGUAGAUUACCUACAUGUCGUAAAUAAGUUUUAAAUGUAAUAUUUUUACGAAAUAAAUUGUAUAUAGAUAUU